GAGAAAGGGUCAAGUUUCCGGGAGCACUGGCUACACUCUCCCGGGACAGAGAGACGGGGAGAACGGCCACUGAGUGACCGGUGCCCGAGGACACGCUGCACCCGGACGGCAGGAAGCAGAGACUGCGAUUUAUGCUCCUCACCGCCAACACCAUGAUCUUCAUGUUCGUGGGGACGUCCAUGGUGAUGGCGAUAGCUUGCAUCGUGGAUAUGAACGCUCUGCUGGACCGAUUCCACAAUUAUAUCCUCCCGCAUUUACGAGGCGAAGACCGGGUCUGUCACUGCAACUGUGGAAGGCACCAUAUUCACUACGUCAUUCCUUAUGAUGCCGAUCAGUCUGUGGUCGAUUCCUCAGAAAAUUACUUUGUGACGGACAAUGUGACAAAGCAGGAGAUUGACCUGAUGCUGGGCCUGCUCCUGGGUUUCUGUAUCAGCUGGUUCCUGGUGUGGAUGGAUGGUGUCCUUCACUGUGUCGUCAGGGCUUGGAGGACAAGCAGGCGUUACGAUAACUCCUGGUCCUGGAUUCCGAGGUUAUGUAAUCUGAAGGAGUUCAGGAGGCGUUCCCACCGGCAAUACGAGGAUUCAGCGGGGAACAUGGUGCAUAUCAAACAGAAACUAUAUCACAACGGGCACCCGAGCCCUCGACACCUGUAACCUUCUACCGGCAGAAGGCUGGGACUCAAAACUAGGAGCUUGUGGAGACUCCGAACCGUUUUCAAACCGGAUCAAAAACAAACACUGCUCCUAACGAUGAGAUGGUGGCUGUCCUAAGGCAGCCGGAGUGAGCUGUACGUUCUGUAAAUACCCUGGGUUACUGCCCAAAGCGGCUGCUUCUCUGUAAUCUUUUCUUAUUUGAGUACGUAGACCAAGAGAUGCUCGGAGAUGACUCACUGGUAAUCUGGUUUUAACUUUUUUGCAAAUCCUCCUGUCAUAUUAAUAUUUGUUAUCAGAUUCCCAUUCCCUGCUUGUACAUACUGACCUCCCUCUACCUACCCACCCACCAACCAACCCACCAGUAACUCAGAAUUGGUGCAAUUUGAUAAACUAAAUGAGGCUCCCCUUUCUCAAAGACCACUUUUAAGACCCAUAAUUUGUAGAUGAAAUGCAUUCGGCCUGAACAGUUGCGCCGGCCCAGGCAAGUGUUAGCCCCGGGGUCACUGUAGAGUGAGGGGACCCAAGUGCGGAGUUAGAGUUAGACGUUUAUCCCACUCUAUCAGUUUAAACUUCAAAAUGCCCCAAUGUUUUUGUUCGAAGACAGUCAUGAGGAAUCUUUUUAUUUGAAAGUGGAAAGGUUUAGACCUGAAAUUGCUCUGGUUUCUAGUAAUACAAGCGGACAUGCAUCAUCGAGCAAGGGAUUUGAGGCCAAAAUCAGGUCACAGACCCCAUCCAUUGAAGUAAUUUAGAAAUGUGCAAUUCUGCAGGAUGUUACCCAAGGACAAGUGUAAAGAUUUAAUAGUCGACAGUAUUCUGUACAACCCACCAUCAUUAAAAAUAUAAAUUCC